CAGAGACCAAUCAAUCAUCGCACGAGAUAAAUGUUUCAAAACAGAAGAGGUGAUAGCCGCUUAAUUGUCCAUUAUCUGCCAAUAAACGUUGCUGAUGAGUGUGUAAACGCCAGAGCUAGCACUUAGUGUCAAUUCAUAAUUUCGUCAAUUUAUCGCAACGGAACAAGUGUCGGUAUUGUAGUAAAAUGAAGAAAUUUGCCAUCGUUUUUGCGGCUCUUUUUGCUGGUUGGUCCAUUCAACUGGUCAACUCUCAACAAUGUUCACUAGACGAGUCCCUAUUACAAGAGAUUAGAAGUUACGACACAGUUGUUAAGCGAAUCAUUGACACUGUUGUCAGUGGCAGCUUCAAAGGGAAACUUUUCGAUGACACAGCUGCGUUUGUCGAUACCGUAGGAGCUAGAGUGGUUGGAUCGCCAGGUCUAGACAAUGGCAUAGAUUAUAUGCUGGACUGGAUGACUGAACAGGGGUUCAAUGAAGUUCAUGGUGAAGCAAUUACUACGCCAAAUUGGAUACGAGGAAACGAAAAAUUAGAAAUGCUUCAGCCACGGUAUCAAUCGCUCAGCAUUUUGGGAUUCGGAAAAUCAGUGGGAACACAACAACCGAUCGAGGCAGAAAUCAUUGUUGUGAAGGAUUAUGCUGAAUUAGAGCAGCGCUCGGACGAGGUUCCCGGGAAAAUUGUCGUUUAUGACCACAAAUACAUCAAUUAUGGAACCAGUACAAUGUACAGAUAUUCUGGAGCGAUUGAAGCUGCGAAACGAGGGGCCGUAGCUGCACUAGUGGCGGCAGUUUCGAAUAUAGCUAUGGGUCUUCCACAUACUGGUCAAAUGAGCUAUGACGACGAUGAAACCAUACCACGGAUACCUUUGGCAUCAAUAAGUAUCGAUAGCGCUCAAAUGUUAGGUCGAAUGCAGCGAAGAGGAAGUCGCAUCGUAUUAAGGCUCAGCAUGGACGACGUGCUACCAGGAAAUAUCACGUCCAGAAAUACAUUCGGCCAAUUGACGGGAUCCGUCUAUCCCGACGAAAAAGUUAUUGUUUCAGGACACAUUGACAGUUGGGACGUCGGUCAAGGAGCUCAAGAUGAUGGUGGUGCCGUAGUAAUGUCUGCCCUUGUCAUAACUUUGCUGAAAAGUUUAGGAUUGACUCCCAAGCGAAGUAUUCAAGCUGUGGGAUGGACGUCGGAGGAAAAUGGACUGGUUGGCGUUCAACGAUACAUCGAACAGCAUAUCGAGGAAAUUAAUGCCGGAAAAAUUGCUGCAGCCUUUGAAUCUGACGGCGGAUUGUUUGUGCCGACUGGUUACAGUUUUGCGGGAACCGAUCAUGGAGCAUGCGUCGUUCAAGAGAUUAUGACAUUGUUCCAGCACACAAAUUUCACUCGUUUCAGCCGAGGCAACCGAGUCGGAUCUGACGUUGCAUAUUUAUCCGAUUUGUCCGUGCCUACUUUCAAUUUCCAAACUGGUGGCGACAAAUAUUUCUGGUAUCACCAUGCCGAGUCGGACACAAUGACAGCAAUGGAUGCAGAUGAGUUGGAUGAAUGUCUGGCCGUUUAUGCAGCUAGUGCUUAUGUUGUCGCUGAUUUGAGUCAGAAUUUGAUGAGAAGUAUUCCGGAUCCAAAUCCUAACGCUGGUACUCUGACCACACCUGCAACUGUAUUUCCAGUCAUAAUUGUAGCUACUGUGGCAUUUUUGCGUCUUUUCGUUGGGUAGAUGCCCUGUAGCUCUAAAUGAAUAGCUAAAUGCAGAAUGGGGACAUGCUACAUUAGUGAAUCAUAAGAAAAAUGAAAUUUCAUUCGUUUCGUCGAAACGGAGUUAGACUGAGGAAUCCUUCACCUCAUUCUUCUUAUAAUUUGCAGGUGUGACAUGUCCUCUUUCUAACUAAGUUAUUCAAAUGGUAGAACGCUAUGCCGACGAUUUUUAAUAAAUAAAACGAAAAGGAGAGAAUUAGUG